AGUGUCCGACUGCCCGUAAUCGGUAUCUUCUUGACAUCUUGUAGCGCUCUCUCUGCCAAAUUAUAUUGCUAGACUAUCCUUAACGUUCCCCUCGGCCCUCUUUCUCUCUCUUUUCUCUCUCUCUCCCUCUCUCUCCAGAUGAUAGAUUGCUAGUAAAUAUGACAAUGUACUGUCAGUUUUGAACAGAAAACCAAGAGAAAUCUUUUCAGUGGCAACGUGUUUGCAGGGAUACAUCUUGAUCAGGCAGCCUAUUGGUUCGUGAAAUAUGGAACAGGAAAAGAAUAGGGAAGCAGAGACUGCUCCAGAGUCAUCUACUAAACCAGGGUCAUCUACUAAACCAGAGUCUAACAUUAAGGAACAAGAAAACAAAAAUAAAUCAGGCACUUCUACAGAGGCAUCUAUGAAACCAGAUUCUAUCAAGAAGGAAGCAGAAGCUCCUGCAGAGGCAUAUACUGGACCAGAGUCAUCAAGAAAGAAAGCCCCAAAUUCAUUAAAGGCAAAAUCUAAAAUUACAAAGAAGUCUCUUGGCAGUAACUUCUUGAACUCCAGAAAAGAUAAAGGUGAUCGACAGGCUCGGUGGAGACAAAGAAAGAAGAAUAAGCGUGUGCUGAAGGGCAACAUAGAAAGCAGCAAUAAUGGAGAAGAUUUAAGGCUAAAGUCUAGAGAAGAAGGCAAAGGGAAGAAUAGCAUAGAUGAAGAGCAUAAAAAUAAGAGCAAUCAACCUAAAAGGAACCAAAAGCCAAUCAUUGAGUUGGGACAGCACAAACAAAGAAAGAGAAAUGGAGGAGAGCAUGGCUUGGCAGACAGUAUAAUUACAAGUCAAAAGAACAAAGAAACACUUGAUGGCCCCAUAAAGGGCCAACAUGAUGAGAAGAAAGAAAAAAUUGGUGGUAUGAUCUUCAUGUGCAAUGCAAAGACCAAGCCGGAUUGUUUUCGCUAUCGUGUAAUGGGUGUCACAACAAGUAAAAAGGAUGUUGUGAUGGGUGUCAAACCGGGGCUUAAAAUUUUUCUCUAUGAUUUUGAUCUGAAGCUUCUUUAUGGGAUUUAUACGGCAUCCUCCUCUGGUGGCAUGAGACUUGAACCAAGAGCUUUUGGUGGGGCAUUCCCUGUUCAGGUAAGGUUCAGUAUUGAGAAGGACUGUCUUCCGCUACCUGAGAGUGUUUUUAAACAAGCCAUCAAGGAAAAUUAUGAUGGAAAGAACAAAUUCAAAACAGAGCUUACUGUUAAACAAGCUAGGAAGCUCAAAGAGCUUUUCCGACCUGCUGAAGUACAUUCAACUGCGCCGCCUGUCAGCACUCCGCUAGUUGCUAAAGAAGUGUGGCCUCAUGCUCACAAGGUAGCACUUGCUAGCGAUCCUUAUACCCAUGGCGAUUCUAGUAGUUAUCACUUCCUGCCUCAUGAAAGGGAUCAUCAGCAUAUUGCAUACAGAGGUGUGACAACUCUACCGAGAGUGGAAAUUCCUAGGGAGUUUUACCCGACUGAAAAGGAGUAUCAAGCUCAUGGUCUUCAUGGAGAUAGAAGAAAUUUAAUCCCCCCUCCUCAUGUUACUCCUACUUUUGAAACAUACCAAAUGGACCAUGAAAGAGUGCAUCUGAGACAGCCGGACCAUAUGGAGACCGUCCCUGCACAGAGAGAGACUGUUCGUGCGGAUCCUCUCUACAUGAAUGAAAAAGAGUAUCAGGCUUAUGGUCUUGGCGCUAGACGUGAAAUGCCCACCUCUGUUCCUGUUGCAACUGUGACAUCUGCGACUGCUUUAGGCUUCUAUAAAGAGGAUCCUUACAAUGCUUAUCGUUAUGGUACUUCAUCAGUGGAACCUUAUUUGCCACCUCUGAGGAGAGAGGAAGCCCCUUCAGGUUCUUAUUCUAUUGGUGGAAUGCAUCCACUUGAGACUGCUCAUUUACGCAGGACAGAAAAUGAUCGAGUGGGUAGCUUAUACUCCGCAUAUGAUGCUGCUGCUGCUCUACAGCACAAUAACCAGACGCAGCAUUAUCAGGCUGCUCAGCCUGAAGCCGCACCCGGGCCUGUUUCAUCUCGGUACUCAUUUGCUGGUCUAUCGUACUCAUACCGCUGACUGAAUUUGCAUCUUCCAUUGCCUCGCCUCCCCUUGUUAUAAAAGUUAGUCAAAUACUUGAACUUCUUGAAUUGUUUCUGAUGGUACUUAGGCAUUGAAUUUGUGGGCUGUGUAUGUUUUCACUUGUCGCGAAGUGCCUGACUCUGCAUUUUAGUGAAUCGCUAACUGAGAUUACCCAAAACAUAAAAAAGAUUGAUUACGAAGGUUGCACUGAUUAAUAUAUUUUCCAUAGUUGAA